AUGUGUUUCUUAAAUUUCUUAGUAUUCGCUAAUUUAUUUCUUGUACCUAUUCUUUUUCAUCCAUUGAAUAUCUGUCGACGUUUUAUUCAUAUUGGUCAUGAGCCAUUCCAACCCGAACCAUUACCUACCAAUUCCUUCGAAUCGUACCUAUUCAAUAUCUUUCAAUAUUCACCAUUCCAAUUUGUCAAGCCGAGAAGCCGUUUCCAACGCAUUUUCGAGUAUUUGUUCCAACCAGAAACAACUUUUUCGAAGAAACUUUUCUAUCCAAAUGUCAUUCAAUACACGAAUAUGUAUCUGAUCGAUCAUGAUCUCUCGCCUUUUGUUCAUUCAUUUGUCGCUAUGUAUCUGUCCUAUUUUCUGUUGAUUUACAUCUCCUUACUUGCUCAUGUUUAUCGACUGUCAUCAAAACGAACAUCGUUGAAUGAAAUCCGUUCGUGUGCACAGCAAUGGAUAGAAUCAUCGUAUAUUCGGUGGAUUUUUCACGCAAUAUUCUGGAAAUGUCUGGCUGUGAUCAUUUCUCAUCUAUUCCACGUCAUGGCAGUGAAAAUUAUCAUGCAAAGAUUAUUCAUUUCUUAUGGGCAUUAUCAAUUGAACGAUGAAGUGAUAUACAGUUCAUGGAAUUUUUACAAAAACAUCUUAUUAAUGUAUAAAUACGAGCAAUGGACCGCUCUGUUCAGUGGUUUCUGCACCCGAAUGAUCUAUGAAUUAGGUCUCACAUGCAUUCCUCGUUUGCUCUGGUGGCCAAUUCGUCGGCUAUGUCUGCAGACAAAUCUGAACUCGUACUUUCAUGCUUCGUCGAUUGAACUUUAUUUUCUUCAAUGCAUUUGCGAACCAUAUCUUCGCUCCUUCUCCAUCUAUCUCCAACUGUUUGCUCGUCUAACAACAAUAGAAAUAGUCAAUCAAAUGCAUGUUCAUCCCAAUCUAGAUAAAUAUCCUCUUCUUACAUUGUUACGACAUCAUCACCAUCAUCAUCAUCAUCUGAAACAACCAUGGUCAUUUCUUCUAUCAAUAAAUCUAAUUGAUGCAAAACUAAUUAGCAGUGGACUCUCUUUCUUUCUUCGACAAGCUAAUUAA